AUGCUUGCAGGCCGCUACUGCUUGACGACCCAUGAUGCUCCCACAAGGCAUAUAGAGUGGUUGCCCUUAUAUUUCCAUUCCCGUCACUAUCUUCUCUCUUUUUUUCUUUUUUCUUUCCUUUUUUUCUUUCCCUGUGUUGUGUGUGUGUGUCAAACAGAAAAAGGAAACAAAGCUCCGGCAAUGCUUCGUGUUUCUCGAUUAUCCCUUGCCAUUGGCACGUACAGCCUGUUCAUGAAGGAGCAAAAGAAUAAUCCCGCAUUGAAGGGACUCCCCGUAGCAAAGCGGGGUCAGGCAACGGCUAAGUUAUAUCGAGAGCUUUCUGUCACUGAGCGUGAGGAAUUGGCAAAGCGUGCCAAAGCUGCUCCGUCUGCAACGAGGAAAAAAUCGGUACCGAAAACAAAAGGUAAAGAAAAGGUUACAGGAGGGGGAGGCAAACGUAAGGCAUCGGAGUACACCGAAUUUGUGAAGUCCAACAUAUCCAAAUACAGUAAUCUUCCACAACGGGAGCGCAUGACUGCCGUAGCAAAGCUGUGGAAACAGCAGAAACAGAUGCGAAAGUAG